GGGCUCAUGACGUCACUGUGAAGCGCCGCAGAAAGAAAAUAAGAAGCGACGAUCAAGGCCGUUAAAUGAUCAAUGACCGCGGUUUAAUCGAUCGAUUAUCCGAUCAUAUCAGUUUGUAACGUCCUUUAGUCUAAAGAUGAACAUACUAUAGGAGGAAAACCCCGAUGACGUCAUCAACUACCGCGUGAGCAUCGAAACGACAGAAACUCACUCUAUUGUUCAUUUUUGAACAGGUCGCGACCUCCGUUCACACCAUGAGCUCCAGGACGUGUCACACCUGUGGCGGCACAGACAUCGAUGUGGACCAGGCACGAGGUAGUGCCGUGUGCACCAGCUGUGGAUCAGUUCUGGAGGAUAACAUCAUCGUUUCUGAGGUCCAGUUCGUGGAGGGAAGUGGGGGUGUGUCCUCAGCAGUGGGACAGUUCGUGUCUGCUGAUGGUCCAGUUAAAGCUCCUCAACUGGGUUCUGGUUUCCACACCAGUGUUGGUAAAGAGUCCAGAGCUCAGACCCUACAGAGCGGGAAGCGUCAGAUCCAGCAGCUGGGCAGUCAGCUGCAGCUGAACCAGCACUGUUUGGACACGGCCUUUAACUUCUUUAAGAUGGUGGUCAGUAAACACCUGACCAGAGGACGGAAGAUGGAGCAUGUGAUCGCCGCGUGUCUGUACCUGGUGUGUCGCACUGAGGGGACGCCACACAUGCUGCUGGACCUGAGUGACCUCCUGCAGGUGAACGUUUACAUCCUGGGAAAAACCUUCCUGCUGCUGGCUCGUGAACUCUGCAUCAAUGCGCCCGCCAUCGACCCAUGUCUCUACAUCCCUCGCUUCGCUCACAUGUUGGACUUUGGCACAAAGACUCAUGACGUGUCGAUGACAGCGCUGCGUCUCGUUCAGAGGAUGAAGAGAGACUGGAUGCACACAGGACGCCGGCCGUCAGGUCUCUGUGGAGCAGCUCUCCUUGUCGCAGCACGGAUGCAUACGUUUCGCCGAACAGUGAAGGACGUGAUCAGUGUGGUGAAAGUCUGUCAGACGACUCUGAGGAAGAGGUUAACAGAGUUUGAGGAGACACCCACCAGUCAGCUAACCAUCGAUGAAUUUAUGCGAGUGGAUCUGGAGCAGGAAUGUGACCCGCCUUCCUUCACUGCAGGACAACACAAGACCAAGAUGCAACAGCUGGAGAAUGAACUAACCAGGAAGCUUGACGAGGUUGAAGGAGAAAUCAGCUGCUACAAAAACGAGAUUGAGACCGAGCUGGAGAAGAGCCGACCCAAACUGAGAGGAAUCUACGCCGCCUAUGCCAGAGAGAUCGACCCUGAGGACACGGAGGUUUUGUCAUCAGCGUCUGAUCUGGAGGAGGCAGAGUCUGAAGAGGCGGAGCUCCAGGCUGCCACCCAGCACCUGACCCAGGACUUCCUGUGUCAGGUGAUGGAGGAGGAGGUGGGACAGGACAGGAAGACGGAUGGCGUCCGACAGAAAAUGGGGCCAGAGGAAGAGGGGGGAGGAGCUUUACGUCAGGUCGCCCCUCUGGCCACGAUUCUGGGUAAAUUGACAACCACCGCCCCCUUUGACCUCCAGCAGACCUUCGACCCCUCACCUGAGGAUGAUGAGACAGAGCAUGGCGUUCUAGACCUGGAUGGUAUCGACGAUCAGGAGAUUGAGAAGUACAUCCUGAACGACAGGGAGGUUCAGGUGAAGACGGAGCUUUGGAUGAAACAGAACGCAGAGUACCUGCAGGAGCAGAGAGAAAAAGACGAGAGGAUCAGGAAAGAGAAAGAACAGGGGACGUAUAAAGAAAAGAAGAAGAAGAAGAGUAAGAAGGGUGAGCAGGUGGAGGCGUUGACGGCCGGUGAAGCGAUUGAAAAGAUGUUGGAAAAGAAGAAAAUCUCUAGAAAGAUCAACUACGAUGUUCUCAGAGAUCUGAACAGCAGAGGGGGGGGCAGCAGCCCCGCCCACCCCCCCAACACCAACACAGAUGUACAGCAAAAACUGAGCCGCCGCCGCCAGCGGAGGUCAUCAGGGGUUAACUACGAGCUUGCUGCUAAUGCUAGCAUUAUGGGGAAGAGGUUCCAUCGUCUCAUUUCAACAACAACAACAACAACAAAGAAGAAGAAGAGGGUGGAGUCUCAGGUACAAAACCCCGUCACCAUGACGACAACAACAACAACAACAACAACAACAAAGGCUGUAGCAGAAACAUCACAUGACCCUGAACCACACCCCACCUCCUCCACAGCUGUGCCGCCCACUGUGGAGGAGGAGGAGGAGGAGGAGGUGGAGGAGGAAGAGUGUGUCAGUGCUCUGCAGCUGGUUGGAGAUUACGGCUGUGAGGAGGAGGAAGUCUUCUAGUUCCAUGUUGACCUUUGACCUGAUCACUUUCAGAUUGAUCAAUAAUCAAACAUCACUGCACUGAUUUUCAUGUUUUUGUUGUCACUGAUUUAAAAAAUGUUUUUAUUUUAACAAC